AUGGGUGACAUGUUGAGACUCACUUUGGCCUUAUGUGUUUUAAGCAGUGUGUUUUUGACAUCUUCAGCUCAAACAUGUAAAAACCAAACAUUCUCAAACAACAAAGUGUUCACAACAUGUCGUGAUCUUCCACAAUUAACCUCGUACCUCCACUGGUCAUACGAUCAACCCAGUGGUAAACUAGACAUAGCAUUCAGACAUGUUGGAAUCACUUCAACAAAUAGGUGGGUUGCUUGGGCUAUCAACCCCAGCAACACUAUCGACCCGGCUAUGGUUGGAGCUCAAGCUUUGGUUGCUAUUCCACAAGCUAAUGGAAGCCCAAAGGCUUAUACUUCAUCAAUUGCAAACACACUCACAACGUUGCAAGAAGGAACCAUUAGUUAUCCUAUUUCUGGUUUUUCUGCGACGUACCAAAAUAGUGAGGUUACUAUUUUUGCUACUUUGACUCUUCCAAAUGGUACUACCUCGUUGGUUCAUGUAUGGCAAGAUGGGGUUCUAACUUCUUCUGGUUCUCCUCAAGAACAUAGCCAUGAAUCUUCCCAUCAAAACUCUAGAGAACUCUUGGAUCUUGUUUCUGGUACCUCCCAAGCUGUAAGUGGGAUCGGUUCACGUCAAAGAAGAAGAAAUACACAUGGAGUACUAAACGCAAUAAGCUGGGGAAUCUUGAUGCCAACCGGUGCAGUAAUAGCGAGAUAUUUGAAGGUAUUCAAAUCAGCAGACCCAGCAUGGUUCUAUCUUCACAUAACAUGUCAAGUUUCAGCUUACAUAAUUGGGUUAUCUGGAUUUGGAACUGGUCUCAAACUCGGUCAUGACUCAGAGGGUAUUGAAUACGACACACAUAGAGCAAUUGCUAUUGUUCUUGUAACGCUCGCAACUCUUCAAGUAUUUGCUCUGUUUUUGAGGCCAAACAAAGAUCAUAAAUUUAGACUCUACUGGAAUAUCUACCAUCAUGUUAUUGGAUAUGUAACCAUAAGCCUUAGCAUUGCGAAUGUUUUUAAAGGGUUUGAAGCUUUGGGAGAUUCUGUAGGGGACCGUUACAAGAACUGGAAACAUGCUUACAUUGGAAUUAUUGGUGCUUUGGGGGGUAUUGCUGUCUUUUUAGAAGCUUACACUUGGAUGAUAGUUUUGAAGAGGAAGCAAGUAGAGAACAAAACUUCACAUGGUGUUAAUGGUGCUAAUGGAUAUGGACCUGGACCAUAUGGUUCUUCUACCCUCUAG